AUGAAUGUUUCUUUGAUAGAAUGCGGAAAAAAAUUAUCUCAACCAAUUUGGGCUUGUGAAAGGAUAAUGGAUCUUUCUCUUAAUUGUGUUUUUCGAAUGGUUCUAGUCACACUUUUAUUCUGUUCCGGAAUUCAGAAGUCAGAGUCCGCAUUCAGAAUCAGCCAGAAACCUUCCAAUCCCACUAUUGUGGUGCUUGGAGUAAACAGCAGCCGAGUCACACUUGUGUGGCGGUAUUCUGAUGCGCCAAGUCAGUAUUUCGUUCAGUUUUGGAGACAGAAAACUGGUGAAAAAAUUACACAAAUAUCAUCAAGCAGGGAUGGGAAUGCGUUCAACCCGAGCAACACAAAUGAAUUCGAUGCCUCGCUUGAAGCAACACUAACACUGAAGAACGUGGAGAGAAAUGAGGAAUACACCUACUCUAUCAUUUUGCUGGAUUCUGGUGCCAGACAGGUAGAGACACACGCAGUUUCUAUUAAUGUGGUCGUUCCUCCAGAAAUUACUGACCCACCAGAGGCAAAGCCUUUACUUGCCAUCGGAGAAAACCAUACUUUGACCUGCAAUGCAUCUGGAGACCCUCUUCCCAAUAUUUCUUGGACAAAAGAUGGCAUUCCUGUGGAUAGGUUUUAUGUGACAGGUUAUCAGCUUUAUUUGUUCGACGUGAAGUUGGAGGAUGUAGGAUCGUACAGAUGUACAGCUAGUAAUGGAUAUGGAGAUAAUGUCACUAGUGUCAGUAUUGUUGGCAUAAGAUGUAAUGAUUGUUUAAUUAGGAGCAUUGGAAUAACAUUACAGAUUGAAGUUUGGACUUCAGCCUUUAAUAACAGAGAGUCAAUUGAGUUCAAAACAUUGGAGUCAAAGUUUUUAUCAGAAAUUUCUUCUGUUUACACAAAAAAUCCUGGAAAACAACUGUACACAGUGGGUCUUGUUGAUUUCAGAUCUGGUAGUGUUGUUGCUGAAGUAGAGCUCAAGUUUGAAAAAUCUGUUCUUGAUCCUUUGAAACCACUGGAAGAUGAAAUCAAAGAUGGAAGUCUUGGGUCAUUCACAGUGAGCCGUGAACUUGACUUGAAUCCAAGCUUCACUUAUUUCAAGGAUAUCUAUGUUGUAGUUUUCAGCCUCUUGUCCAACCCUCCUCCGUCCACGCUUGGGACCGGCAUAGGCCGAGUUAAUGUAUAG